AACUUUUUGUCCCUGUGUAAUAAGAAACAAAGUAAUAAAGAUAAAUAAUUAGUCAUGAGUUCUAAACUGCGCAAAAUAUCCGUUAGGGUUGUUUCUAAACGAUUGCAACAGAUAUUUGAAGAAGAUACCAAUUGUGAAAUUGUUAAUUCAAAGAUGCAUGGAGAGUUAAAUAAUUUCCCCUCUACAUCUAAUAUAUCAACAGAAGACAUUUUUCCUGCUAUAAGUGAAAACAUAGUAGAUAACAAAUCAAAUUUUGGAACUGUAGGAAAUAUAUUUUCGCAUAACAAUGAUAAUUUUGAAAAUGAAUUUGAUCAUAUUCGAAAUCCUUAUAUUGAUGAUGAUGAAGAUGACGAUGAUGAUUAUGAAACAUUGUCCCCUGAUUUAACUACAUUAUUAGCUGAUUGGGCUGUCCAGUUUAGUAUUACGUUGACUGCUUUAUCAUCUCUACUGUGUAUUCUCCGUCUGUUUCAUCCUAGUUUGCCAAAAGAUGCAAGAACUAUUUUAAAAACUAAACGCAAUUUUAUAAUUGAGCUUCGAGCAGGUGGUGAUUACUUCUAUUUUGGCUUGAUUAAUAGUUUAACGAUUAUAUUAAAUCACUUUUAUGAUAAAAUUGCUAAUUUUUCAACGCUUUAUGUGCAGCUAAAUGUCGAUGGUUUACCUUUGUUUAAAAGCAGCAAUAUUUCAUUUUGGCCUAUUUUGUGUCUUCUGCAAGGUUUUAAUAUUAAAAAACCUGUUUUAGUUGGUCUUUUUUGUGGAGCAGCUAAACCAAACAAUUUGAUAGAUUAUUUUGGCGAUCUUGUAAUAGAGUUAAAUAAAAUUGGAAAAGGAUUUUUAUUUCGUGAAAAAGAAAUUUCUAUCAAAACUUGUAGUAUAAUUUGUGAUGCUCCUGCUAGAGCAUUUGUUAAAGCUGUAAAAGGUCACAAUGCAUAUUAUGGUUGUGAUAAAUGUAACCAAAUUGGUAAGUAUAAAGCUAAUCGAAUGACCUACCCAUUGGUAGAUGCACCUGUGCGAACUGAUGAAAGUUUUAGAUUAAUGCACAAUGAUGAUCAUCAUUUGAAAAUUGGGGAAAAUUUCAUUCGAAGUCCAUUUUUGGAUAUUGAUAUUGGAAUGGUCACUCAAUUUCCGCAUGAUUAUAUGCAUUUAGUUUGUUUGGGAGUUCAAAAAAAAAUGAUUAAGUUGUGGUUGUCGGGACCAUUGUUUUGUCGAUUACGCUCAUCUUCUGUUGAAAGCAUAUCAAAUGCUUUAAUUUUUUUAGGCAAAUGGCUUCCCACUGAAUUUGCGCGAAAACCUCGUUCACUCAAAGAAGUUUCACGAUGGAAGGCAACCGAAUUUCGCCAAUUUUUGUUGUAUACAGGUGCUGUUGUUUUACAUAAUGUGCUUCCAAUUUUUUUAAAUAGUCCACUGUUCAACCUUAAAUGUGUUCUCUAUAAUAAAAUUUUAUUAUAGAGAACACAUAUUAGG